GAUAUUUAAGAAACUUUUAUUCUAGGACUUCAACAUGAAAAGAUUUAUAGUACGAGAUUUAUAUUUGCACGAAUGAUAUCUAAAAAUAGGUCGUUACUCGGCGACUGGUACGCGACAGCAGCAUGGGGCAUCAUUCUUGAUAAGUUGUGAUAAAAGUUAAUAAAAGCGAUUUAAAUAGACACUCUUGAGGAUCCACGAUACUUGAAUUUCGAGUCCACCCGUAUAAGUGUUCACUUUCAAGUUUAAUUUAUUAACAUCUAUACAUUGAAAGAUUCUAUCAACAUUCUUUUUAUACGGAUAAAUGUCGCAAUUCUUUGACAUUAUUGAUUUAUUAAUAUUUGAAUAUCAUAUUAAUCUUAUUAUGAUAAUACUAUGUUUGCAAAUCGAUUAUACGUGUUCGUAAACUUAGUACCCGUAGUAGUGAUCCUAGUGCCAGUAGCAGAAGUAGUACGAUCGGAUGUGUUUCAGUAUGGCCAAAAGGGACAAACAGUGACAGAAAUGCACCAAUAUUGUGGUCGAACUUUGUCGAGUACAUUACAAAUAAUGUGCGGUAGUGUUUACAACUCUCGAUUUAAAAAAAGUAAUCAAGAAAUGGAGAUGGAUGAUUAUAUGGCAUUUUAUGGUUACGAUCUAUAUCCUUAUAAAUCUAUUAAAAAUGCGAAAAAAAUGAUACGAUUUCGAAGAAACUCUAAAGGAAUUCAUGAAGAAUGUUGCCUAAAAUCUUGUACGACAGAGGAAUUGCGCUCCUAUUGCGGUGCCCGUUAAUGAGGGAAUUUUUUUAAAAUUUUAAACAUAAAUUUAAGAAAAUAUUAUUUUUUCCUAUUUACUGGUUAUAUCAUUUUUAACAAUUUAUAAUAUAUUUUCAAUAA